CAGAGAGCAAAACCUACCCAAAAUCCAGGAUGAGCAUGGACUUCAGAAUACUCAGAAGCAAGACUGGGAAGCCCUAUUCCAAACUCCCACCGCUACAUGUAGCUAUUUUGUGUAGCAAGGAGGAGGAGAAAACCUUAUCAUGGAGUUUCAGUGGAGAGGGAGUCUCCAAAGGACUGACCAAAAAAAACCGGGUCAUCGCGAUUACCGAUGGAAAGGAGGUUGAGAGAGUCGUGGUCUUUGAGUCGGUCAGCCUGCAAUUCGUGGAUAAAAAGGGAUACAUGUUGACGGGGUAUGCCCUGAGGGGGGAAAACCCCCCAUUUAGCAUUAAUUUCACGAGAGAAACGAAACUGUUUAGCUCCGUGGCAGUGCCCAUUACCCCCGAUCUGGAGGAGAGAGGAAGGCAGCUCCUCUACCCACCAUCCCUUAAGUGCAGCCUUCUUGCUGCAAGAGAAGAAACUGCAAUGGUUUCAGUUCAGGGGAAGGUCAAAGAGGUCUCCUCAGUGGGAAAAGUCCAGGUUGGGAGGGACUUUGUCCCAAGAAAAACCUUGACUUUGGAACAAGAAGCCAUCAGAGUGCAGGUCACACUGUGGAGGGAAGCUGCACUAUUCAGUGUAGCCAUAGGGGCUCAGGUGAGCUUUACUCACCUGAGAGGGAGCCAGAGUCCCUAUGGCUAUGGACUGAACUCCACAGUCCACACAACCAUGGAGGAAGCCUGCUCUGAGGAGGAAGUCAAUGCCCUUGGAACCAUGGAGGCUGAGGGCAGGCCAGGGAUGCUGCAUCUGCUAACAGCAGAUGGACAGCACCUCAUUUCUGAGCCAUUGUGGAGGGAGCUGGAGGCGGAUUUCAAGGAGCUGCCAUUUUAUUUAAGAAUAAUUUUGAGGGGAGGGGUGAUUACAGAGGCGGAGGUAGUGGAGAGGAAGGGUGAGGAAACCGAAGGAGAGGGAAAAAGUAAGGGAGAGGGGAAGGACAGGGGGGAGGAAUAAAAUACGGGCGCAGUAGAGGGAGAAUGAAUUGUUAUUUAAAUGUUUAAUGUAUUUGUUUUGUUUAUAGUUAUUUGAGUGGCACUCAUCAGUUUUGGUUAUUUCAUGUUAUUUGUUAAAUAAAUUUUUUGUUAUUAAUUUACA